UUCAAGUCUCGCCAGGCUCAAACAAGCGGGCCCAUCAACUGACAGAGUCACUCACAGGCUUUACCAUCUCGCCAUACCGAGACUACCUGCCGAACGGAUCAUUACUCUAUUGUCAAAUUCAUUACAACGGAUUAUUUGGCUCCAUAAUCACCGGGCACUUGUCACGCACCACCUGCCCUCAGUUCUCAGGAAACACCAUGGCGACCCGACGUAUUGUCGCCUCGGAGAAAACCAUCCUCGAAAAGGACGAUGUGGUCGGCUCCAGUCCUGCUGCUGGCGACAAGUCUAACAUCACCCCGGCCGUGCCGAUGGACGUCAUCCUAAAGCUACUCGGAUUCACCUUCGCCAUGAUCGUCCUGCCCAUUGGCACCUACUUCGUGACGGUCGAUUUUCUCUUCAAAGGCAAUUCUACAUUUGCCGGAGCUCUGGCUGCGGUUAUGGCCAAUGUGGUUCUCAUCAGUUAUGUCAUUGUUGCCAUGAAGGAGGAUCAGAGCGACCAACUGGAGGCCAAGAAGGAACUGAAGAAGGACCGCUGAAGCCUACGCAAAAUGUAUGCGCCUGUACAUUUCCCCUCACUUGAUGAUGUGGAAUGUAUUCAUUUACCUCAGGAACGAAUUAUGCCACAGUGCGUUUUCGUUACUCAUGGAGCGUAGUACAAUCGGAAGGAGUGGCGUACAAUCGAUUCUAUUGUUGGGAUAGACCACUUCACGGAUUCGAGUUCUUCUACCAAGUCAUUGUUUUGAAAACCAUCGCAUUGUCGUGAAAAGGCAUAAUUAC